AUGGCAUUCACAUUACACAAAAAACCAAUAGCAUACAGUGCUAAAUCCUUGGGUACCUUGGUGGAAAAAUACAGAGGUUACUCCGAAGGGGUCUCGACCAGCGGGAAUGAGACGAAACAGCUCGAUGAGCUUUACAAUGCUGCAGACCUGAUCAGCGGAGGAAUUGAGCUCAUCAGGGAGAGCAGAGACGCACUCCAGAUCUUGGUAGACAAGCUGGAUAAGCAAUUCGACGACCUAAAUGUAAAAGGUAAUCGUAAAGAACUGUUAGCUGAAAUCGAAGAAAUCGACAAAGACACGCAAUACAGCGAAAAAAUCGCGGCUGCUAACGACACAAUGUACGUGCUAAAAGCGCGAUUGAACGAAACUCGCACGAAAGCGAAAAGACUUGCAAAGAAGCUGGAUAUGCCAGUACAUACCGAAACGGUAUCGACACCUAGCGAUGCAGCAAUGAAAGGUGAAAUCAACGGAGAAGAUAGAGAGUUCUCCGCCAAUGCAGGGGCAUGGUUAUCCGAAGACCUAUUGAUAAAUAGCGUCGUAGAGUCAGAAGACAUGAUGUGUCGAACUCUGAAACCAAAACAGCUCAAAAUACCGAGGACAGCCUCAAGGGAAGGGCGGAAAUUGCCGUGA